AUAUUUCUCCAUCUUUAACUACAUAAACAAGGCCGAAAAAAAGUAGUUGAUCAUUUGUCUUCAAAAUUCAGACGCAGCUAAUAGUCCAUAAGAAAAUAACAAAUUUCAAAAUGUCAGCGAUUCCGGGACGUGCACUCCACUACGUGUUUAAGAUUGGAGAUCGGGCGAAAAACGCCUUUUUCUUUCGCCAAAUCUUGGGAAUGACGGUGCUGCGGCAUGAGGAGUUCAAGGAGGGAUGCGAUGCCGCCUGCAACGGGCCCUACGACAACCGGUGGAGCAAAACGAUGGUCGGUUAUGGACCCGAAAGUUCCUAUUUUGUCAUCGAACUCACAUAUAACUAUGGAGUGAGCAGCUACGAAAUGGGAAACGACUUUGCCGGCGUGACCAUACAUUCCAAGGACAUCCUUUCCCGGGCCGCCGAGCACUCGUAUCCUGUGACGCAGGUGGCUGGAAGAGAAGGCAGUCUGCUCACCUCGCCCGAUGGCUAUAAGUUCUAUGUGAUCGAUCAGCCGUCCGCUGGCUCCGAUCCCGUCCAGUCCGUGGAGCUGAAUGUGAGCAACUUAAAGAACUCCAGAAAGUACUGGCACAACCUGCUCCAGAUGCGGGUGCUCGAGGAGAGCGAAGGAAGCCUGCGUUUGAGUUACGGCGGUGAGCAGGCCUCGCUGCAGAUCACCCAGAUCGCAGAGCCGCUGAACCGAGCCAAGGCUUAUGGACGGAUUGCCUUUGCCAUUCCGGCGGCCAAGCAGCCGCCGCUUCAGGAGGCGGUUAAAGCCGCCGGCGGGACAAUCCUAACGCCCCUGAUCACCCUGGAUACGCCCGGCAAGGCCACCGUUUCGGUCGUCAUCCUCGGCGAUCCCGAUGGCCACGAGAUCUGCUUCGUCGACGAGGAGGGAUUCGGACCGCUGUCGCAGGUGGAGCCAGAUGGCUCUCAGCGGCUGGACAAGUACAUCGAGAAGGAUCCCUUCCAGCAAAAGUGAUCAUCCCAGGAAUCCUGAGCACUGAUAUUUGUACACAUCACUUUGUAUUUGGAAUUUUUUUAUUGCUGUUAAAGUUAUUGGUUGGGUUUACGGGAGAUAAAUUAUACAUUUAAAAUGUAAUAUAUAAUAUUAUACACCUGGA